UAGUAACUAAAUCGCGUCUUGUGCCGCUCACCUGCAUACGGUACUGUGGCGACCAAUACCAUGGCGCCGACUGGGACUCUUUCUAAACACUUCGCGGCAAACUCUCAGACGUACCCGGCGCUUGCCAGGAACAUAUCUUCCGUUGUCUUGUCUAACUUGACAGUGCUAACCCUUUCGUUCUUCAGCCAAGGAGAAAUGAAUGAUAGAAUGAUCAUUACGGACUGGAGGGGAGGAACAGAGGGAAGGCAAAAAGCUCACCGACCGACUGCUUCCGCCGGAUCGAAGGAAUCAAGGCCUGCUACGAAAAGCCCAGUAAACGUUUUACUCCGGAAUCGAACCAUUGCCUUCUCGAUGUGUGGUACACAUUGCGGCAGGAUUGCUCCUCUUCCCCCAAGACCGCUUGGACCAAAUGGGCCAGCCACUUUCCCAAGCGCUUGGGGGAAGGCAGUGGCGGUUUGGGAUGCGGAAUUUCGAUAUAUACCGCCAUGCUCGCUCUUGCCUCUUGCUCGGCUCGAGAACGAUGACCCUAAUUUCAUGUCUGCUAUUGGAACUCUGAUGGCAGACGUUAUAGCCGCACAUCCGACUCACUGCGCACCUGACCGGGGUGCUUGGUUCCCUGACCGCGGCGAACCAAGCACCAGCGCAGCGUGUCCGGUUCGUCUUAGAGACCAUGGAUUCUGGAAUGUGAGGAAUGUAUUCUUUCUAACUGACUGACAUCUCUCGUGGGAUGCAGUGGACGGAUGAGCGCUACUCAAAAGGCUGAGACUCGGCACGGUUGGGUUCAGCUUUCGUUACGGAUUACAGUUAGGCCUAUGGUAACGUUAUCACGUGGGUACCUCAGUACAGCGGUGUGCCCAGGCCAUGUCCUG